AUGCUAUCCAACAACACCUUUAACCUAUAUCAGCCAGUCAACAAUGACGAAUCAAUCACAAAAGUGGACACAAGAACAUAUUUGCCGUUUGUAAAAUCUUUCGGCAAUAAUGAUACUAUUGAAAUAACCAUAAAUCGUGCUGAUACAUGGGUCCUUAUGCAUGAUGCAGCUCUCAUCAUUAAGGGAAAACUUCAAAAAACUGCUGGUAAUGGAACUGUUCAAUUAGUUUUGAAUGGGGGAGCUUUCCUUUUUGACACAAUCUCAUAUGAGUUACAUGGAACUGAAGUUGAUUCGGUACGAGAUCCAGGAUUAAUAAGUACAAUAAAAGGAUAUCUGUGUUACGAUAAAGAUUCUGUGAGGGAAUUGGAAACAGCUAGUUGGUCAUAUCCUGAUGAUCCUAAAAUAAACGCUGAUGGAAAUUUUGUAUUUAGAAUACCAUUAAGACAUGUAUUGAAUUUCUUCGACGAUUACCGUUUAGCUAUCUGUGGGAAGCAAACUAUUCGAUUGAUGAGAUCUCAAAAUGACAAUAAUGCUAUGAAAAUCACACCUGGUCCCGAGGAAACAGUCAAUGCUACAAAAGGCAAAUUUACAAUUGAUAGUAUCGAACUGAAAGUUAAACAUAUCUAUCAAGAUGAUGUAUUGAAGAUUGAAUUACUAGAAUCAAUGAAAUCAAAUAGAGCAAUAUUAUUUCCAUUCAGAAAAUGGGAAAUUCACGAAUUGCCAACUCUGACAGCGAACUCUCUAACAGAAAUAUGGAAUAUUAAAACCACUUCAAUUAUUGAUUAUCCUAGAUUCAUAAUAUGCUGUUUUCAGACAAAUAAGAAAAAUAAGAGUACUGAAAAUUCUAUGUUAUUCGACAAUCUGGACAUCUCAAAUGUCCGUUUGCUACUGAAUGGUGAAUUCAUUCCUCAAGAAAAUUUAAGAUUGAAUUUCAAUAAAAAUGAUUAUGCAGAAGCAUACUAUAAUUAUACAGAAUUUUCAACAAGUUAUAAUAAUCUGAAAAUCAAUCCAAUAUUGCAAUAUUCAGACUUCAAAAACAGAUGCUUAUUUGUUAUUGAUUGCUCGAGACGAAGUGAAUCUUUUAAAUCUUCAACUGUUGAUGUAAAACUUGAGAUUGAAUCUAGAGUUGGUUUUCCCACCUCCACUAAAGCAUAUUGUAUAAUCGUGUACGACUGUGUGAUGGAGUAUUUGCCUCUAACUGAAACAGUUCGAAAGUUGACAUCGAUAUGA